CGCAUUUGGCCCGAGCUUCGCCCCUUCACUCGCGUCUGGGCGCCGAGAUCCCGAGGCCGCGCUUUCCCGGGCCCAGACCACACACCAGCGUGGGAGGCGGGGCCGGGGCGGCGCCGAGGCGGGACCAGAGGGUGGAUCCGGGAUCCAGCCUGCUCUCCCAGAUCCGCGGCGGCUUUUCCCGUAGGUACCGCGGCAGGCGAGCGGAUCGGUCGCCCCUCCGGCCCCAUGGCAGCCCCCGGCUCCCCAGCUGAGUGUGGCUACAUCCGGACCGUGUUAGGUCAGCAGAUUUUGGAGCAACUGGACAGCUCCAGCCUGGCCCUGCCUUCCGAGGCCAAGCUGAAGCUCGCAGGGAGCAGCGGCCUCAGUGGCCAGGCGGCCAAGAGCCUGCGGAUCCAGGAGCAGGUGCAGCAGACCCUGGCCCGGAGGGGCCGGAACUUCACCGGCAGCGGAAAUCUUCAUCGAACUAGUAGUGUUCCUGAGUAUGUCUACAAUCUAACUUGGUUGAACUACAUACACUUGGUUGAAAAUGAUUUUGCUGGAGGGCGUUUCCCUGUUACUAAAACUUAUGACAUGUUAAAGGCAGGCUCUUCGGCCACUUAUGAAAAUCGUUGGGGGAGAGGAACCACACAGUACAGUUCACAGAAAUCGGUGGAAGAAAGGUCCUUGAGGCAGCCUCUGAGGAGACUAGAGAUCUCUCCCGACAGCAGCCCUGAGAGAGUUCACUACACUCACAGCGAUUACCAUUAUAGCCAGAGGAGCCAGGCUGGCCACGCUCUGCAGCGCCAAGAAAGCCGGAGAUCCACGCUCCUUGUGCCUCCGCGAUACGCUCGGUCAGAAAUCGUUGGUUUCAGCCAUGCCAGUGCCGUGAACAGGCAGCGCCACUAUGACACUUUCCGUAGACAGUACCAGUACGGGGCUGUGAAUGACUCUGUUGUGGACGGGGUCGCCGUCAACCCAGUAGUGCUCACGUACCCCAGGCCUGCGACCAGUCACAGCAUGGGCAACCUCUUGGAGAAAGAGAACUACCUGACUUCAGGGCCUGUCGCCGGGCAAGUCAGGCCCCUGGUGCCCCUGCAGCCUGUCACCCAGAACCGGGCUCUUAGGUCCUCCUGGCACCAGAGCUCCUUCCACAGCAGCCGCACCAUGAGGGAAACAGGCCCCGGCAUGGCUGUGGAUGCCAGCGGGAGGAGGACGCACCUCACCGCGGGUCAGGUGGCAGCAGGAGGGAGCGGGAACUUGCUUACUGAGCGAAGCACUUUCACCGACUCCCAGCUUGGGAAUGCAGACAUGGAGAUGACUCUGGAGCGAGCAGUGAGCAUGCUCGAUGCAAACCACACACCACCAUCCAGGAUUUCUGCUGCAGCUACUUUCAUACAGCAUGAGUGCUUCCAGAAAUCUGAAGCGCGGAAAAGAGUUCAUCAGUUACACGGCAUCCCCAAGCUUCUGCAGCUUCUGAAAGUUCAGAAUGAAGAUGUUCAACGCUCUGUGUGUGGGGCCUUGAGAAACUUGGUAUUUGAAGACAAUGACAACAAGUUGGAGGUAGCUGAACUAAACGGGGUACCUCGGCUGCUCCAGGUGCUGAAGCAAACCAGAGACCUGGAGACCAAAAAGCAAAUAACAGGUUUGCUGUGGAAUUUGUCCUCUAAUGACAAACUCAAGAACCUCAUGAUAACAGAAGCGUUGCUUACCCUGACUGAAAGUAUCAUCAUCCCCUUCUCGGGGUGGCCAGAAGGAGACUACCCCAAACCAAAUGGUUUGCUUGAUUUUGAUAUAUUCUACAAUGUCACAGGAUGCCUAAGGAACAUGAGUUCUGCUGGCUCUGAUGGGAGGAAAGUAAUGAGAAGGUGUGAUGGACUGAUUGACUCACUGGUCCACUAUGUCAGAGGAACCAUCGCCGAUUACCAGCCUGAUGACAAGGCCACAGAGAACUGUGUGUGCGUUCUUCAUAACCUCUCCUACCAGCUGGAGGCAGAGCUCCCGGAAAAAUACUCUCAAAAUAUCUAUAUUCAAAACCGGAAUAUCCAGAUUGAAAACAACAAAAGUAUUGGGUGUUUUGGCAGUCGAAGCAGGAAAGUGAAAGAGCAAUACCAGGACGUGCCAAUGCCAGAGGAAAAGAGCAAUCCCAAGGGUAUGGAGUGGCUGUGGCACUCCAUCGUGAUAAGGAUGUAUUUGUCCUUGAUCGCCAAGAGUGUCCGAAACUACACCCAGGAGGCAUCUUUAGGUGCUCUCCAGAAUCUCACGGCAGGAAGUGGACCAAUGCCAUCUUCGGUAGCUCAGACAGUCGUCCACAAGGAAAACGGCCUUCAGCACGCCCGAAAGAUGCUGCAUGUUGGUGAUCCAAGUGUGAAAAAGACGGCUGUCUCCCUGCUGAGGAAUUUGUCUCGGAAUCUUUCAUUGCAGAAUGAAAUUGCCAAAGAAAUCCUACCUGACUUGGUUUCCAUAAUUCCUGACGCGGUCCCAAGUACCGACCUUCUCAUCGAGACUACAGCAUCUGCCUGUUACACACUGAACAAUCUAAUCCAAAAUAGUUACCAGAAUGCACGAGACCUUCUAAACACCGGUGUCCUCCAGAAAAUUAUGACCAUCAGUGCGGGUGAUGUCUAUGCUCCUAAUAAAGCAAGUAAAGCUGCUUCUGUCCUCCUGUAUUCUCUGUGGACACACACUGAGCUCCAUAAUGCCUAUAAGAAGGCUCAAUUUAAGAAGACAGAUUUUGUCAACAGCAGGACUGCCAAAGCCUACCACUCCCUUAAAGACUAAGGAAAAUGAAAAAGUACUCUCAGAAACAUCAGCCUCACCGUUCUCAGCUACAAAAAGCCCCAAAGGAAAACACCUAUUUUUCUACUGCCCAGCCCAAGAAACCUCAAAAGGCAUGUGCUGUUUCUAUCCUUUUCUAUUUCCAUGGUCCCCAGAAUUCAGAAAACAAAUAACAAUAAUAUAAUUUUAUUAGUCUUCCAGAAGACAUUUGCAAGUUUGCCACGAGUAAAUACUGGUAACAAGUUCUAUUUUACCCUCUACAAAUGGUGGUAUUUGUUAUAGGGCUAAUGUUGCAUGGCCUCCUGGAACCAAAAUGUGAAUUCAUGUGGAAUGGACUUUAACAGAAUAAAUAAGGAAAGGAGCUGUGUGCUCCUGAGAUUUUAGAAGUUUGAUUUACAUUUAUUUUCCUUUUCUGGUUUUGGUGUUUUGCCUAUCAUAAGCACAGAGCGCCACCAUUUACCCACCAGAGUAUUUUUCUGCAGUAUGGAAACAGAAUGGAAGUGACAAAAACAUUUGCAGAGUUAUCCAGGAGAAAAUUUAAUGUCAAAUUUGCUUGUUUGUUUGUUUAGUUUUGCGUGUUCUUAUCCUCUUGGAUUUUUUUUUCCUCGGAUUUUAAAUGAAAUUAAUAAAUUUAAAUCACAGAGCAUGCAUGCCGUUAAGAAAAAGAAAUUGAGAUGAAGUGAUCAUAACAAACUUGAAAAUCUUUUCCACAGAGAGAGGCAGCCACGGUUAUGAAAUUCAGUGUUCCCCCGACUACUGAGUAAAUGGGUUUUUUGCUCAAGGGAAUAUUCUUCCAAAAUAAUACCAUAAAUGCAAAUCACUUCUAAAUGAUGGCAUCAGUGUAAUCUACUUCCUGAGCAUUUUCAGCCACUGCAGUGGGGUGGUAGAAAAAUGGACUCUACUUUUGAAGAGGAACCAAGGUCCUCUCAAGACUGCUGGGCCAGCCCAGAGCACUAAAAACAGCUCAUUUUAAUGAGUUACAUUAUCAACCAGCCCUCCUUUGUCCAACAUGCAAAAAAUAACACAGAGCUACCAACCCUCAUGUGAGCUUCCCCAAGCAAUUGUAGUAAGUCAAGAAAAUUAUAGAGAAGAAAAAUGAAGAAAAGAAACUUGUUGAGGAAGGAUGCGUCUUAGGCCGUCCAGAAAUGAUAUAAAGAGUACUGAUGUUUAGAAGGUGACAACAUCAUCUUUUGAAGCAAAUCUAUAUUGUGUUAUUUUCACUAAUCUGUUGUUAAAACUACUUGUUAAUGAUUAGUUUUCUCAACUAAAAUUUUGUUGUAAUUUGCCUUUUCAGGAAAAAACAAAAUCUGAGGAUGUUUGUCAUAAUAAAUCCUUUAGCCCCUUUUGGCCAAAAAAGAGUGGAAUAAAAAAUAAAAUCCCAUUUUCAAAUUGAA